CAGCUGACAAAAGCAGCGAAUGUGAAAGUAGUAACCGUGUUCGCUUUGUGACACACUCACGUAAUCUUAGUUGCACCAUUGCACUGCGUAGGACGCCGAAAUUGUGAUUUGGAAUUAAUUUAUUUACUUUCUUCAACUGCAAGUAAGACGAUAAUGGCGGGUAAGGCACCCGUCAUCGAGCUGAACGACGGGAAUAAGAUCCCAGUCGUGGCUCUCGGGACCGGCAGGGGAACCGCAAAAGAUGCACCUAUCGAGGAAGUUUGUCAAGCAGUUGUUUGGGCUAUCGAAGAAGGAUACCGCCACAUAGACACUGCUGCCAUCUACCAGGACGAACCGCAAGUAGGACAAGGCAUCGCUGACGCCAUUGGCAAAGGCUUGGUCAAGAGGGAAGAGCUUUUCGUCACUACAAAGCUAUGGAACGACAGGCACGCCCAGGGCCAGGUGGUACCGGCCCUCCGGGAGUCCCUUCAGCGCCUCGGAUUGGACUACAUUGACCUCUUCUUGAUCCACUUCCCGAUAGCGCUCAACGCCGACGGAUCGCCCUCAAACAUCGACUACGUAGAAACGUGGAAGGGUAUGGAGGAAGCCAAGAAGCUAGGGCUUGCCAAGUCCAUUGGGGUGUCCAACUUUAACAGCACUCAGCUGGACAGACUGUUCGCGAACAGUCAGAUCAAACCUGCUGUUAAUCAAAUAGAGGUUAACCCAACCCUAACACAAGUGCCCCUAGUGUCCCACUGUCAGAAACUCGGCGUAGCAGUGAUGGCGUUCAGUCCCUUCGGCUUUCUCGUCUCCCGGGAGACUAAGGACGACCCUCCGCCCCGCAUUGAUGACCCUACGCUCAUCGCCAUCGCCAGUAAAUACGGGAAGACUACCAGCCAAGUGGUGCUACGGUAUCUGCUCGAUCGCGGUCUAAUCGUCAUCCCCAAGUCUACCAACCAAAAGCGGCUGGCACAGAACCUGGACCUGUUCGAUUUCAAGCUCACAGAUGAGGAGGUGGCCACGAUAAGCCAGUUCAAUAAGGACGUCAGGGUUAUUGACCCCAAGACAUGGAAGGAUUAUCCGAACUACCCUUUUGAGAGGAAUUGAUUUUGUUUUCCGUUCGAACAUUUUUGCAUUUUACUAUAAUUAAUAAAUACUUAGUAUAAUAAUGAAAA